AUUUUUAUUUAUUCCCUUUGGUUGAGAAAGAGAGAUCUUUUGGUUUUCCAAAGAAGAAAUUUUAGAUUUUGAGACAAUGGGUGAAUCUGCUGUUCUGUUUCAUCAUUCCUACUCGUUCGCUGCUCCUCCUUCUCGUAAUGAAUCUCUUGAGGAUAAUCCGAAUUAUGCGCUUGGUCAAUCAGUUUCAUUUGGUAGGUUCAUGACUGAGAAUCUUGAAUGGGGGAAGUGGUCAAGUUUCUCACAUAAGAAGUAUGUUGAUGAAGCAGAGAAGUUCUCUCAGCCUGGAUCUGUUGCUCAGAAGAAAGCUUUCUUUGAAGCUCAUUACAAGAAAAUAGCUGAAGCCAAGAAAGCUAAAGCUUCUGAUGAAUCUGAUCCUAAACAAGAACCAGAAAGUGUUGUGGUGUUGCUUAACACUUUGGAGACAUUGACUAAGAAUGAGGUUAAGGAAGAAGAAGAGAGUGAUGAUACUGAGUUAGUCAUGAUUAGCGAAGAGUUGGUGUUGAGUAUUGAAAUAGAUGAAGAUCCCGGAAGAAAAAGUGUUGCGGUUUUGGAACAAGAAGACGCUGAAAUGGAUAACUCGUUAGUUAAACCCGUGGCUACAGAUGAUUUGCAGGUUGUUUGUGACGAUAAAGAGAAAGAGAAAGAGAAUCACUCAGAGGAUGAAGAGUUGUUGAAGAAGAGCUGUUUCGUUGGAGAAAAAGAAGAAGAGAGAAGAUCCGUAACCAAGAACUCAUCGGUCUUUAGAAUGUCUAUAGAGACAUCAACAAUUUCAGAAACUCCGGCCAAAGCAAUGGAGCUUGUUUCCUCACAUACAAUAAGUGAAAAACCGAUAACUCGUAGUUCGUCAAAGAAGAACGAAAAACCAGUUAGUCCUAAAUUUAGUUUCUUGAGCUGUUUGAUGGGAACUAAAACUGGAGAUCAAAACCCGACUAAGAAGAAGAGAAAGACAGAUAAGAAACCAAACAAACCGUCUCUAUGGCUUUGCUUCAAACCUGAGCUGGUCGAGGAAACAGAAGCAUCAAGAAAAAGGUAAAACACCAAAACAAAGAAGAGAAAUCUCUGAGAACACUUGCAAAUAGAAAGACUGAACCUUCUCUGUUGGCUUUCAAAGCUUUUAGAAAGAUCUGUCCUCGGAUUCGAGUAUGGUAUAAAAAAGGGAAUCUUUGAGUGCACAGUAGCAACAAAACUGAAUAGCAGAAGAAGGUUUUUUAAAAAUAAUUUUCCUGGUAUUGUAUCUUUUGAAACCUUUUGUUGUAUGUAUGUAUCUUCAUCUUCAAUGAAACAAAAACUUUCUCCUUUCAUAAUCUUAUAUGUGAUUCAAUACCUUUAUAUUA